AUGUUGACCAAGCCUGUACGAGUGCUGAGCGAGCGUCUCAUGAGCCGCGGUUUUGAGCCAACUGUCGUUCGCCUCAUGGAGAAUGUUCAGAAGGUCGUACGAUCACAGCCCGGUCUCAUUUCUCUAGAGACACUAAGCGACGUGAAUGAUCAUCACAAAUACGUCGUUCUUUCUGAAUGGAAAUCACUUGACGAUUAUCAAGCUUGGACGUCAAGUGAAGCUUACAAGCAUUGCACGGAACAGAUUAAUGAAGUGCUGGAUUUACCUGGCAAGCGAACGACCAUAUACAAGCAACCAAAGGAGGAUAUUUUUCUUUUGUAA